CGGAGCCCACACCGGGGAGCGGGAGCGGGAGCAGCGUCGGACGGCCGAGAUGCAGCUCCGUGGCUUCCUCUUCCUCGCGGUCCUCAUCCUCGCGGCUGGGACCGCCGAGGCCGGCAAGAACAAGAAAGAGAAGGGGAAGAAGGGCGGUUCUGAGUGCGAGGACUGGCACUGGGGCCCCUGCACACCCAACAGCAAAGACUGCGGCGUCGGCUUCCGGGAGGGCAGAUGCAACGAUGAGACCCGCAGGCUCAAGUGCAAGGUCCCCUGCAACUGGAAGAAGGAGUUUGGAGCGGACUGUAAGUACAAGUUUGAGAGCUGGGGGCCGUGUGACGGGGCCAGCGGCACCAAGGCCCGCCAAGGCACUCUGAAGAAGGCCCUCUACAAUGCCCAGUGCCAGGAGACAAUCAGAGUGACCAAACCCUGCUCCCCCAAGGCCAAGCCCAAGUCCAAAGCCAAGAAGGGGAAAGGGAAGGACUAGAGCUGCAGCACUGACUGGGGACCCUCGACCCCAGAGACCCUUCCUCCUGUCCCACGGCCCUUCCCCAGUCCCCAGCCCCCAAUCCCACUCCUCACCAGGUGCCUUUUUUAAUCACUAGCUUUAUCCCGUGUGACCCUGUCUUCUCUCUUGUCCUGACCGGGGGCCAGUCUUCUCCUCCCCCUCUGCUCCCUCUUGGCUAGAUGGGGCCAUUGGGGGUGGGGGUGGAGGGCUGAGCCGGGGGAGAAGUAAGGCCUUUGACUACUGGCCCAGCUCAGCUUCUUUCCUCUCCCCUACCCCUGCCCAGGGACUGGAGACCCUUUCCCCUAGCCCCCCUCCCUCACCAUCCUCACCCACCCCACCCCCGGACUCCGGGGAUCACGACCCACCUGCGGUGUGGCUGUAAAAGAAAACUUUUUUUUUUCCAAUAAAAGUUUUUGUACAAAAGAGA